AUGAGCCCACCACCACCACCGCCGCCGUCCCAAGCGGGUAAAUUCAAACCCCGCAAGCCCGCCCGCCGUGUCCGGGUCGGGGGCGACCAUCCCGUCGACGCCCCGCCCCCAGCGGCCCCGGUCGUUGUCCAAUCCCAUCCCCGUGGAGGCCGUGGACGGGGAGGCCGGGGAGGACGAACACCCGUUCCCAUGGGGCGGGCUUUUUUCACCGCGACACCAUCCGGACGCGGUGGGACGCCCGCGACCGCCCGCAAAGUACAGGCCGCAGCGACGGCGACCCGUACGGGAGUCCACCGGGCCUUGCGAGAAACGGAAGCUUCGGAAGAAGUCGUGGGUAUGCUGGAGGAAGCGGUGGGAUCCUCCAGCGUGCGUCCGACGAUGGUGGGGUCCGCGGACCUGGACGGACUCAAGGAGGGUCGGUACGAGUACGAAGACAACGCGAUGGAUGGAUCCUUCGGACGACCCGGAGACGACACCGGAUUCUUGUACGAUUCUGAUUCCAGUGCGGAACGAAGGACACGGCAACCGCGGCGGAUGAAUGCAAGUGGCAGUAUGCCACCGUCCAGUUUGCCCUUUCCGUCGCUCGACGUGCCGCCAGGCAUUGGCAAUUUGCCCAAGCCCGACUUUUACCUCGGCGCAGCGACAGACCGCAAUACACACCCACCGGAAUCGUCCGGAACGAACUACGGAGCACCACGACCCGCCAAAGCACAAGUUACCGUGACUCAAGACGCGCCGACGGCGUCGCCCUUUGUGGACACCCGCGACGCCCGAGCCUGGCAAAACGAAAAGGAUUCCUGGUUUUUGGUACAAUUUCCGACACGGUUACCACCAUUGGUCCAACGAGUCGCCACGGAAGACGCGGUGACGGCGAACGUGAAACGGGAAGAUGGACAUUCACACGAGACUGCCGACGAACCGUCGGCAGCGACGGGUGACGCGUCAACGACGUACGCCGACGUCGCGACCGCACCCGUGGAUCCCACCGCUUUUGACAAUGCCUGGGCAAACGCCGUCCCGGCGGACGGACCGUACUCGUACUGGAACGUCCCGACGGUAGUGUCGUGCAUAUGAAUGCGCACGAAGGACUAACGUGUGGAUUCCGACAACAAGCCGUGGUCAUUGACCAGAAAAAGAAUCAAUACGUGACGAUGGGAGAUGUGCAAAAGACGAUUGUUAUGACACCAGAUCUAGCUAAAGCUUUUCCAGACUCUUAACGAGCACCACCUCG